GCGGAGGGAGGCGCGCGGCGUCUCGAUCGACGGUUCCCUUUUAGGAGCUGACCGCCGUCGCGCCCGCUCGCUUCUUCGAGUCCCUCGAAUCGACCGAAGAAGCGCGCGCGCGGGGGCGAUGACGUCCGUCGCGAGCGCUCCCGCUCCCGGCGACCCCGGCACGCUCCCGCCGUGGGUCAACCGCGGUCGCGAGGACGCGCUAGACGCGCUCGACGUCCCGAACCCGAUGCUCGACCGCGUCUACGCCGCGGUCGGCGGCAACGCGACGUUCGCGGUGCACCCCCCGGUGAUGCACUUCGGAGGGUACGAGCUCGGGAAGGUGCACGCGCAGCGCUUCACGGUCACGAACGUGAGCGCCGCGAGCAAGCGCAUCGACGUGAUCGACACGAGCACGGCGUACUUCAAGACGAAGUUCAAGAAGCGCGGGCUGCUCGCGCCGGGGAUGAGCGAGACGAUCGAGGUGCAGUUUUGCGCGACCGAGCCUAGGUAUUUUUACGACUGCGUCCGCGUGCGCAACGAGGAUGAAAACAUCCUCAUGCCGAUCCACGCCUACCCGGUGAUGAACGACGUCGUGUUUCCGAAAGUGAUCGACUUUGGGUUGUGCGGCGUGAACACGGCGCACGUGCGAGAAGUGAAGCUGCGGUGUAAGGCGCGUUCUAGUAUCACACUGGCGCCGCUCGCGUUCGAGUACGAGCUCGCGCCCGAGAGCGCGUCGCCGACGUUUGACGUCGAGCCGCGGAGAGGCGUCGUCCCGGCCAACGGCGAGGUCGUCGUCCGCGUGACGUUCCGCCCGACGACGCGGACGACGAGCGUGAUGAACCUGAGGGUGGACCUGUCGCAGUUUAACUUCGAGCCGUUCGUGUGCGUCGUCCGCGGGACCGGGUUCCCGUCGGUGACGAGAGACGAAGGGCUGGCGGAGACGUUCGGCUUCGGCGCGUCCCAUACACUGGUUUCCAUACGACCGCGUCGGCGUGGUGAACGCCGAUCCUUAAGGACUUUGCGCGGCAUCUCUCUCCGCCCAGGGUCCCUCGCUUUCAAUCCCGACACACCUCGCCGCCUUUCAACUCCACCCCUGACGCCUUUCAACUCCACCCCGACGUCGCUUCGUAUGGAACGCACCUUAGGCGACGACGCGUCGCUCUACGACGCCACCGGACGACCCACCCGCACCACCCGCGCGCUGGUCGGCGGCGAGACGACGACGUCGAUGAAAUCCCGCCACUCACACCUGUACGGCCGCACGACGCGGACGUUCGACGGCGGCGCGAUCGCGGACGGCGACCUGUCGUUCCCCCCGGGCGGGUCCCCGUUCGGGCCUCGAGGCGCGGGCGGCGCGGCGACGGCGUCGAAGAGCCGAAGCGCCACCGUCGCCGCGCUCACCGCGUCGUACAACGCCGACACCGGUGUCGAUCGCAUCAUGGGCGGCGGCGGGCGGAACAUGACCGAGAUCGAGUUCGCGAUGGCGCCUCGCACCGGCGGCGGCGCGGGCGGCGGCGACGCGUACACGGAGUACGUGAAGGUGACUCGCGCGCGAGAGGCGGAGGCGCGUCGAGAGGCUCAGAUGCGGCGACUGAUGGCGGGGCAACGCGACGCCGACGGAGGGUUGAUGCGGACGUCGCCGACGAAGCUGAUGCCGCUGCCGCAUCGCGCGGUCGCGGCGCGGGAGAACGCGGAGAACGAACGGCUGGACCGGGAGUGGACCGAGCCGAAGCCGAGCGCGCCGCCGCCGGGGCGCGGCGGCGGCGGCGGCGGCGCGGACGGCGCGGUCGGACCGCGCGCGCGGCGACUCGCGAGGACGCUUCGAGCGGAGGAUAAGAAGCGGACGGGGCGCGAUUUCGUGGGCGACGAGUACGAGGAGGAACACGGCGAGCUCGAGUUCGACGGUCUGGUCCUCCCGAGACGUCUGAACGGCCACGGCGCGGUGCAGCACGUGUUAUCCCAGCGCAGAGGACGGCUGCGCGCGAAGGAUCUACGCGCCGCCGUCGCGGACAAGCGCCAUCGCGACGAACUCGCGGAGCGCGAGAUCGAAGAGAUCGAACGCGAAGCCUCCGACGCGACGCUAGGAAGAGUCGCGGAGGCGAUGGACGCGCUCCCCGGCGGCGGCGCGCACGGCGCGCUCGCGGCGUUGGACGACCCGACGGUGGACGAUAGGGUAAAGGAGAUUCUCUUCGAGCGGGAAUUCGCGCGCGUGCGCGAGUUUGAACGAGUGAAGGAGGUCAAGACGUGCGUCGCGGUGGGCGACGACGUCCUCGACGAGAUGGAGAGGCGCGACGCGAUUCGGAGGUGCGACGACGCGGAGAACGCGCGGCGGACGAUGCUCGCGAACGAAGCGCUCGCGGAGAUGUCGGACGGUCGGACGCCGUGGCCGAAAGCGGCGGCGCUCGGGCGCGGCGCGUCGUACGUCGUCGAGGAGGAGCGCGCGGACGCGGACGCGGACGCGGACGCGGAAUCCGAACCGACGGAUCCUGAAGGCGAACCGUCGACGUCGACGCCAACGUCCGCUGCGACGAGGACGCCAAAGUACGACGAGACGACGAACGAUUCGUGGAGGAUGCGCGCGGGGAUCGCGCGAAGGUUUAUCCAAGCCGUCCGCCGCGUCGUGUUUCAAAACCGCGCGGCGAAGCGCCUCGCGGGGAUUCGAAAGCUCAUCGCCGCGUUCGGGGAUAAAGCGCGCGCGGCCGCGUUCGUCGCGCACGAGUUUCUCGCCGGCGCCGGCGGCGGCCCGAAGCCGGACCCGGACGUCGUCGCGGUCGCGAAGAUGUCGAGACUGAAGGUUUACGACGCGUCGUUCCCGACGUAUCGCGCGUCGAACUUUCGAACGCGCGCGCCCGUGGACAUCGCGGACGGCACCGGGAUCAAACCGUGGGAAGACGUCGAGCUCAUGCCGUUGCGUGCCCCGCUGGAGUGGAAGGUGAAGAAGCAGUACAACACGUUUGACGACGCCGCGGGGAAGUUUCCCGCGCUGUUCGACCACCAGGACGUCGCGCCCGUCGACGGCGUCGCCGUCGUCCGGGGCGCGGAGGAGGAGGAGUCCGCGCCGCAGCCGAGGCUGGCGCUCGACCCCGACGGCGACGGCGCGCCGCCCGCGCUUCCCGGCUCUUCCGCCGCCGCCGAAUACGCCGACGACGCCGAUGCAGACUCCAUCGCGCCGCUCGCGCCGCCGAUCGAGCCGAUCGCGGACGCGCGGGUCUACCCCGAGGACUCCGACGUGCUCGCGGCGCGCGUCGCGUGCGCGGGCGAGGACCCACUCGACUCCGCGGUUCGACCGGCGACGUACGCGCACGCCGACUCGCUCACGCGCGAGACCCCCGCGGUGAACGCGCUCGCCGCGCUGCGGGCGGUACCGACGCUGUCGGACGUGUGGCGGCCGCGACGGGACGCGUGGCGACCGCCCCUUGUGCCGCCGGCGUUGAUGGAGGCGCCGGCGGCGGAGGACAUGAUGGAAGACGCGCUCGCCGAGGGGACGGGGGGGCAUUUCGGCGGCGUGGAGAUACCGCUGGUGGCGCCCGACGGGUUGCCGACCCCGGCGCGCGUCGCGAAGGAGUUUUAUUUGCCGAGGGCGGAGGAGGAGAGGGAACGCGCGGCGGCGAGGGCGGCGGAGGGCGGCGGCGGCGGGGAGGAAGAAGCGUCCGCCGCCGCCGACGACGACGACGACGACGACGACGACGCGCCGCCGCUGAUGCCGCGCUUAGCGAAAGAGAAAGAGCUCGAGGAGGAGACGAAGAAGCGACGGAGGGAGCUCAUGUCUCGAAUGCGCGAGCGCGCGAUCGAGGAGAACGCGCGCAUCAUAGACCCGAAGCUUCGUUGGGAGUUGUAA